AUGACCUUCUACGAAUCCAUGCCCGGCCAUGCCCUGGAGGUGACAAGUGCUUCUGAGAUCUUCAGAGCAAGAUCUGAUGCUGCAAGCUUCCUCCGCCACAACCAGUUGGCAGAUCCCGCACCCUCGUCUGCAAGCCAGGCGUGGCGAGAGCUGCGAGAGGGGAAGCGCUCUGUUCUGCAGGCGUCUUUCGAUGAAACGGAGAAGCCGGCUCAGUUGGCUCAGCACCGCACGGUCAGGGCAGAGACGUGCAUGUGCCUGUAG